UAUAGAUAUUAGUCAGGUUUUUAAUCGAAAUCCACAGCAAUUAGAAUUCGCAAUAGUAAUUUCAUUGUUAUGCCCUACUUUGUGAAAAAAAAUAAAAGCUAGAUUCAGCUGUUGAUAAUUGCGGUUCUCUACGUGUAGCAUCGAGGUGAAUGUUUGUGAGCGGUGAAUGAGUUAUAUGUGCCUGUUUUGCAAGUGACCUGGAGGCAAUUUUCCAAACUUCCAUAGACGGUGAACAAUAGCGACGUAACGGACGUGUUUUUUCACGCGAAAUUCAAAUCGAUAGGAGAAAAAAAUGUCGCGAUCCAUUCGCUACCGUCAUUGUCGUCGCCUAGAGCCAGGCGCGUGCAUGCUGCCUGCCGUUUUGUGAUGGUGUUGAGAAGUAUCGGAAUUUAGUGCGACGUUUACGUUGAUGACCUGCAAACGAGAGUGAGAGCUCGCCUAUGUGGAGACCAAAGCGAAAUCGUCAAUGUCCAAUGCUGGUGGUUACACCUGACGACGCAUGCAGUUAGGGUAAAGAACUGUGCUGUGGACGUGGACGUAUUUCGACAAAAUUAAAAACAAACACUUUUAUUCUAACGAUUGAAUGCGUUAUAACAAGUGCUAUGUGUGGAUUGCAGCCUAAUCUAAUGCAGGCUAAGAACACUUUGUGUACCCUACGUGUUAUGUUCAAACAUUCAUUCGGAACACAGUAUAUCAGCUCAUAUGCAGACUACGUGACACAUGCCCAUUCCGUUCCGAGUUGAAUGUGCAAAGUAUGCGAAGCCUCUGGAAAUGAAUGAACUUAUUUGAAUAUUUAAAAGGUACGAGAAUUGAAAGUGGUAUCAUCAGUAGGAGGUGGUUACGACGGAUAGCUAAACAAACAGAAAUUCUUCCAUCUGUGUCAUCGCCCCUCGGCCAAGCUCCGAAGAGCAAGCAAUUAAGUUCAAUUCAAGGAAGUUGUAGCUGAGUGCUUCAUAGAUAAAAAUACAAAGUGCAAAAAAAAAUCUUCAUAUUGAUUCAUUCAAAAUUUUCGAAAUUGCGUUCCGACUAAUCUCCGAACAAAGAAGCAAAUGUGAAUCCCUCGAACCAGGUUUGUGGGAAAACAAGAAAUAUUAAAUCAUCACCGACGACGACAACGACGACGUGCAUACAACAGCAAAAAAACGAAGCUGCAACAUCACCAGCCAUGAAAAAGAAACACGCAGUCCAACAAGCAUCGAUCUGAAGAAAUCCGACAUCAUCGCCAAACAGUCGAUGUCGUGUCAUGCAAAAUCAGUGUCGUCGACGACGACGAAGAGGACACCCGUCUGCGACAAGCGGCAAGCCGGUUAGUGGUGGGGGCAACCGUUGUUGUCGCGUGUAUAGUGUGAUGAAGUGAAAUUUUCAAGUUUGCUAAAAAUAAAAUAUUCAAAGCCAUCGAAGAGGUUGAAACAGUGAAUUCGAUUGUGUCUUAAUAGGUGCCGUCGUCCGUGCCAUUCGACUCGAAGGUCCCAACCCAAACGCCGUGAAUAGGGGGUCUUUUGAAAGUGAAAGAAAUAAGCACCCUCGCGAGUGUGGUUAGCUUUCGGAAUAAAGGAAGGAUGUGAUCAAAAAUAUGUUGUUAGAUGUGUAAGGUACAAACGAGUGAAGUGCAAUUGAUUGAUUGAUUGAUUGUUCGGGGGCCAUCGGGUGAACGGAAAACCCAACUUGUUAACGAUCGAUGAAAUAGGAACCUCACCUUGGGAGGAGGAGAAGUGGCUGCAGUAACACGCCAAGAUGACCAUUUCAUAUUCUGCCGAAGUGCCCAAUGGCAGCAAUUUCGGAUGUUUCUGGCGCAUUCUUUGGAAAUGGCGUGGCAGUGUAUAUAAAGCCAUUUGGCGAGAGUUACUAGCAUAUUUAUGCGUCUACUACACACUAAAUUUCACCUAUAGAUAUGGUCUGAAUGAAGAAGGAAGAAGAGUAUUCGAAAGGAUACGGAAUUACUGCGGGCAGCAGCGGGAAAACGUGCCACUCUCGUUCGUUCUGGGCUUCUAUGUGAGUCUGGUGGUGAAGAGGUGGUGGGAGCAAUACCGUUUGCUGCCCUGGCCCGACACGCUUGCCCUAUUCGUCAGUGCUGCCAUCCAAGGCCAUGAUGAAACUGGCCGACUGAUGCGACGAAACAUCAUGCGAUACAUGGUCCUCGCCUACGUUAUUACUCUGCAGAAGAUUUCCCUGCGUGUGAAGCGUCGCUUUCCAACCUGGCAACACCUGGUGGAUGCCGGUUUGAUGCUGGAAAGCGAGCGGAAAAUAUUCGAAAUCAUGGACUCCAAGAGUCCCAUGUCCAAAUACUGGAUGCCCCUGGUAUGGGCAACCAACAUCAUCAACCGUGCCAGAAAAGAUCAGAUGAUCCCAUCCGAUCACAUUGUACAGACUCUGCUGAUGGAGCUGUCCGACAUCCGACGACGGUUAGGCGGUCUCAUCGGUUACGACACGGUCUGUGUACCGUUGGUAUAUACACAGGUAGUCACGCUGGUGCUGUAUUCCUACUUUACGGCGGCCAUCAUGGGCAGCCAAAUGAUCCCAACGUUCGACCCCAAGACCAACACCUACAUGGAACUGGAUGUGUACUUCCCACUGUUCACAGCACUACAGUUCGUGUUUUACGUUGGUUGGUUGAAGGUUGCCGAAGUCCUUAUCAACCCAUUCGGUGAGGACGAUGAUGAUAUUGAACUGAACUGGUUGAUCGACAGACACAUUAAGGCAUCAUACAUGAUCGUCGACGAGAUGCACGAUGAACAUCCCGAACUACUGAAAGAUCAAUACUGGGAGGAAGUGGUGCCAAAAGAUUUGCCAUACACGGUUGCGUCCGAACACUACCGACGAGAAGAGCCGAAGGGAUCGGCUGAACACUACGUCGUCAAGGAAUCCGAAGCGGUCUACGCGAACAUCGGAGGUGGUAAACGUCCUGUGAACGACGAAGUCUACGCUGAUUAUGAAAGCGUAGACACUCCUAUGGCCGAACGCCGUAAGGGCUGGUUCGGUCGACAGAUGAACAGAUUUUCGAUCCGAAGCGCUUCGACGACCUACUCAUCCGGUCUGUUCAAGCGCCAUCGAAACAACUCGGUGUACUCUAGUCCGGAGGCUGGCAUCACACAACCGAUUGCCGUUGGGGCUCCGAUGCAAAAAAUCAGCUUCUACGACAAGUUCGUGAGGAAAAAAUCCGGACAUCAUCCGCGGCAGAUAGUUAAACAAAAUUCCAAACUGAGCCUUAACGGGUCCGUUAUUUCAAGUGUGCCACCGAAGGCCCGGCCUCGCAUUCCUACUCCAGACGUUGCCAAGGAUAGCAAAAUGCAUCCACUAGCGAACAUCGCCACCCUGCAGGACCGGACGUCCAACAUUGCGUCCGGCGUGGCGCUGAUGACCACUCAGCUGGCCAACAAUCCGUCCAUUUACCCGGCGUCUACGCAGUCGCAGUACAACAGUGAUCUACCGGUAGUGGGUACACUGCUGCUGGCUCCCAUCAAGGAGCUCGACUCGAACUCGGUGUCCAAUACUCUGCACGCCGGCCAAUCGGCAACGGCGGCCCUAGCGAAGUCCAUUCUGCCGUCCAAUAUCAAAAGUUCUGUUACCACCUUCACCAAGGACGGCACCAACCUAGAACUGGCACUCAGCAACACCUCCACGCUGGGUAAAGCCGGCUCGCUCGGUGCCAACACGGUCCUAGUCCUACCGGCAGCCACCGCCGGCACCAAUGGCUCCAUCGACAGCACCGACAACGGCGGAACAACCACAGCGACCGCGGCCAACCUGGUUCCGGCCACGGCCGUCCCGGUGACCGUUUCCUCCGAUGCCAUCCCCCUCGCGAUUACCUCGAUACCGCUGACCUUCACCGUGACUCCGGUCACCACCACGGCGGCAAACGCCAGCACAGGAACCAUCAUUACCGAAUUGCCAUGCGACAACGGUGUCGAGGUCAGCAGCACCGUCACGCUGAACAAUGAGAAGAAAUCAUCCACAUCUGAACCAUCGUCGUCCGCUGCAUCCACACUUAGCAAGCGGAAACCGAAGCAUAGUGAAGUUUAUGUUUGAGCCGUCCGGUCUGUGGGUCGAUUCGCAUGAUGCUUGUGUGUAUAUGGGUGAAGAAUGCGCUAGCAAUACGGUGUUACAUUCAGAGACACGCUUCAUAAUAUGAUCUGAUGGAGGUUGUAGGUUGUAGGUCUAUACAGUUAUGGGCCCAUACUACCUCAAUGAUUUUAAGCUUCUUGUUAUUUGGCAAAGU